AUGGGGGCAACUGGGGGUGGGCAUCAGCCAGGUGUCCCUCUAGCAGAGCGGCUGGACAGUGUCCAGGCAGGCCAGGCAUGGACUGAGGCUGCUGAGGGCACCAGGCAGGUGGGGCACAGGAGGCCAGGACACAGCCAGGCCACAGACGGCGGGUGGACCAGAGCCCCUCCAGAGGGCCCAGGGCCUGGGGAGCCACGGCUGGCGGACAGUGACGACGGACAGAGGCCCCCAGGAUCUGUUUGUGCCAUCACUACUCAGGAGCGAACACCGAGUCAGAGUUUCCAGAGAGGAAAAGACACAACAAAGAGCAGAGGGGCCUCCCCAGGGGGGCUCAGGACAGUGGCCCAGGACCUGCACACUUCUGGCUUUAAUAGGAGAGAACAGAGGGACCUCCCAGGGGGACUCAGGACAGUGGCCCAGGACCUGCACACUUCUGGCUUUAAUAGGAGAGAACAGAGGGGCCUCCCAGGGGGGCUCAGGACAGUGGCCCAGGACCUGCACACUUCUGGCUUUAAUAGGAGAGAACAGCAGGACCUCCCAGGGGGGCUCAGGACAGUGGCCCAGGACCUGCACACUUCUGGCUUUAAUAGGAGAGAACAGAGGGGCCUCCCAGGGGGCUCAGGACAGUGGCCCAGGACCUGCACACUUCUGGCUUUAAUAGGAGAGAACAGAGGGGCCUCCCAGGGGGGCUCAGGACAGUGGCCCAGGACCUGCACACUUCUGGAUUUAAUAGGAGAGAACAGCAGGACCUCCCAGUGGGGCUCAGGACAGUGGCCCAGGACCUGCACACUUCUGGCUUUAAUAGGAGAGAACAGAGGGGCCUCCCAGGGGGGCUCAGGACAGUGGCCCAGGACCUGCACACUUCUGGAUUUAAUAGGAGAGAACAGCAGGACCUCCCAGGGGGGCUCAGGACAGUGGCCCAGGACCUGCACACUUCUGGCUUUCAUAGGAGAGAACAGCAGGACCUCCCAGGGGUCUCAGGACAGUCGCCCAGGACCUGCACACUUCUGGCUUUGGUAGCUUUCUCCUUCUAGUUUACAGGAACCCCAUAAUGUCUUUUCAGGUUUUUUCAGAGUGACAUUAAACAUCCUUUAAACACCCUG